AUGGAUGAUCCUUUAGAAGAGUUACAUCGUAUAGGAGAUAAAGCAAUUGGUAAUUUAAGGUCAGCAGAAUUUUCCCAGGAGUUUGCAAAUGUAGAAAAUUUAAAAAAGAAAAUAACAAGCAUACAACUUUAUCAGGACGUGACAAUAGGCCACAUGAUUAAAAAUUUGCCGCCAGAUCAAUUAAAUAAAUUAAAUAAUGGCGCUGAACGUUCUCAUUAUCGUAAAAGAAAUAUUCAGAUAGGCGUGCCAUGUUCUUUAAAUGCUUUUUAUACUUAUAAUAAUGCACAAGAACUAAUUCAUUCAACAUCAGCAGAACAAUUUGGUCAUAAAAUAUUUCCACAAUUAUUUAAUGACAAUCAAAACAAUACAACAAUACCACAUGUUGAAAUUACUGAUCCAUUAUCAAAUCCUUGGUUACGUGGUGCUCGUGUUAUUAAAGCAGCUGCACAUCCUGCUCAAAGACAACAACAACCUUUUAGUUCGAGAAAUACUGAACAACAAGAAGCUUCUAUUUCGACAAAUACUGAACAACAACAAAACCAAGCAGUUGCAACAGUUCCAGCUAAUACUGGUAUUUGUUCAGCGUCAAUGCAAAAUUAA